AUGAUAAUCUGCGGCACCUCCCCGGGUCAACCCCUGGCGCCACGUCUAACUGUCCCGCUGCGACAGGGGGCCAAGGACACGGACCUGGGUACCUUGGGAUACAUCUCGCCCCAUAGUAUUUUUAGGUACUCCGGGGUCACUGCUUUGUAUCGGCGCCCAGAAAAGUGUCAGCCUAAAAAGGCUCUAAAAGACUUGGCUUCUGUUUAG